GGGUGCAACAAGGCAUUUUCUAGGCUUGAGAACCUUAAGAUUCACUUAAGGAGCCAUACGGGUGAAAAGCCAUAUAUUUGUCAGCACCCCGGCUGCCAGAAAGCCUUCAGCAACUCCAGUGACCGUGCAAAGCACCAGAGGACACACCUGGACACUAAACCUUAUGCAUGUCAGGUUCCAGGAUGUACAAAACGAUACACAGAUCCAAGCUCACUCAGAAAACACGUGAAAGCACAUUCUUCCAAAGACCAGCAAGUUAGGAAAAAGUUGCGAUCGAGUUCAGAGCUUGGACAGGACAUCCUGAAUGACUGCCUCACAAUUCAGCCCCUCCAGACAGCACCAUCACCACACAAUGCUGUGGAUAAUGCAUUGGGACAGUCCCCAGGGCCAGCUCAUGACAUUUACCCAGUGGCCGUGUUCCCCAGCAUGCAGACAAGUGGAAGUGGAACAGCGGCUGGGGCAGUGUCUUUGUCCCAGCCCAGCAGCCACCCCUCCCCAGGAUGUAACGUACAAAGUAGUUCUCUCCAUCCUCCUUCCCAGUUAUCUCUUCUCUCAGUUGCAGACUCUGAGAGGUUUGUUGCUCAGACUUCUUCUUCCCAACACAUCAGCCCCCAGAGAAUUUCAGUUCCUCCUUCUGUGAUACAGAGACAGACUCCACAGCUUCCUCAUCUUCAGCAGCCUGCUGGAGUGCACCUGAAGACAUAUGAGUCAGCAUCAAAUCCUUUUCAACCAAAUAGUCUCCACUUCCAAGGUUUCUAUGGACAGCUUCAGACUUUCUGCCCUCCACAUUAUCCUGAUACUCAGAAGGACAUACAACACAAUGUUUCUUGCAGUAUGGUUCCUCCCUUUGAAGACUGUUUAUUUCCUGCAUCAGUGGGUCAGGCAGGACUUGGUGUCUUUCAUCGUACUUUUUCAGCUCACUCUGGUAUUACAGUUUAUGAUUUUCCAGCAGGGCCCACAGGUGUCUUUGGUGAUUCGACCCACAGCGUGCCAGAAGGUAGCAGUUUCCUACAAAUAAAUACAGUGGAUCGUUGUCCUACUCAGCUUUCUUCUGUCUACACUGAAGGCUAAAAUCAUCCAGCUCUACUGAGAAGCUGAUUCCAUUUCAUAUUGCCCUUUUGAUAUUUCUCUACAAAAUUUUUCUCUCCAAAAGCAUGCUGUGUAUGAAUAUGGGUGGAUAAACAUACACACUGAAGAGGAAAAAUCACUAAACAUUCAUCCUGUAAUCAGGCAGCCAACUGAGGAGAACACUUGGAGAAAGAAAAUUUUGCCAAAAGCUUAGCAGUUGUUUAUUUUUUUCUGUGGCACAGCAAUUCUACUUUUUUGUUCUUAUUAACUUCUCAAAGGGAAUUCAAAGACUGAAUAAGAAAACUGUUUGUUGGCAAUCAUCCUCUCAAUCUGAAUGGCUGUAACCUUUGAGAAGAACACUUCAGAAAAUUCCUUAAAAAAAAUAAAAAUAAAAUAAAUAAUGAAAAGAAGUAAAACCAGAGUAUACUACAGACGUUUCAAGGAUGCAAAACUUUUGGAAGUGUUUUUGCAUACAGUGCUUCUGGAGUUAAAAAUACACCAACAAAAGAUAAAAAAGGGAAAGAAAUUAGACAUACAUCCUCGUAUUACCCACUGGAGGCACGUGUGUAUCUUCUUUCUGAGGCCAAAGAGCAUUGGUUCUAGAUUCCUUACAGGCCUUGGUUUACGUGACUUUCCCAUCCCUCUGUAUUUAAACUGUGCAGUGCAACCAUUGUUAUUUUUCCAACAUUUCUUCUGACCUAGUUCUUUUUUGCAGUUUAUAAGAAUAUUUAAAUGCACUACAUGAGAAGCUACAUGGACAUCAUCUUUAUUUAGCACAACAGCUAGAAAAGAAGAUUGUGUUCUAACUUUAUGUUGAUGUUAGCUAUGUUGUAGAGCUUUAUUGCUGUAUGUGCUAUAGUACUCUGUAAGAAAAUUUAAAAUACUUUUCCUUACAUUUCAUAGAUUUAAAGGCAACCCAUAACAUUUCCAGUAAAAAAAAAAUAAAGAAAAAUAAGGAAAAAAAAAAGAAGGAGAAGAAGAAAAUGAACUAAUUUUAAGUUGCUAUGUUCCCUGUGAUUCUUUAGAUGUAAAACUGGACUUGUUGGUUCUGCAUCUUCUACUCAGUGGAUGGCUCUGUUCCAUGUAUUUUGACGUAUUUCGUACAGUGUAAAAUAAAAUAAGAUUAUCUGUGUAAGCCACAAGAGAUGUGUUAAAACCAGUAUUUUGCAAUAUAGAUAUGUCAUUGCUGUGGUGAUACAUAGUUUGAGAGUAACUGUAAUAUCAUGUAAGACUGAGCUCUUAAGGUAAUAAUCCACAUUCAUCUAUUUUGUGGACUUACUGCACAGUGUGCAUCGUAAUAUUCUUACAGCCUGUUUUAAUAGGAUGGAAAAAAAAAUUCAGAGAUUGUUACACACUGGCUAGAUGGUAACUAUGCUUCUGAAAUCACUCAUCAGUUUAAAAAAAAAAAGUUUAUGCACAGAUCUGAGAAGCUCUUCAGAGUUGUUGAAUGCAGUUUGGGUCAAAUUCCUUAUUUAAUUUGACAUUCUAUUCAAUUUACAAAUUUAUGUGCAGACAUUUACAAACACUGGUAAUCCUCUGCAGAUUGUAUUCCUGAAUUAUAUUCUUACGUACAAGUAUAUAUACUUCUAUAUUUUACUAAGAGAUUUUCAUUCAACAUAUGCAAAGUAAAUAUGAAUAAACCAUAUAUAUAUAUUAUUUAAACCAAGAAGUGGCUUAAAUACAGAGAAUUCUCUACUAAAUUCUUCCCUUUUUUUCCUUUCCCUUUUAUUCUAUUUCUCAUAUCGCAAGUAAAUGUGCCCCUCUGAUGUCAGCUUGCAUUAAUAGGUCUUGUUGUUUCCAGACGUGGUUUUCUUUGGGUUAAAUGACAUUGGGCUUCUAUACACAGGUACAGAAUUAUGGGGAACAACAGGCCUCCCAGUCCAACUUCAGUACUGGGGAAAGUAAUGGAACAGACUAUCCUGAGUGCAUCACACAGCAUGUGUGGGACAACCAGGGGAUCAGGUCCAGCCAGCAUGGGUUCAUGAGAGGCAGAUCCUGCUUGACCAGCCUGAUCACCUUAUAUGACCAAGUGACCUGCCUCCUGGAUGAGGGAAAAGCUGAGGAUGUAAUCUACCUACACUUUAGUAAAAACCUUUGACUCUAUCUCACACAGUAUUCUCUUGGGGAAGAUGGCAGCCCGGGACCCCAAGAGUACAGCUGUCAACGGCUUAGUCAGGUAUACUCUUUGCUGAGUAAAGAACUGGGCCAGGCCUAAAGAGUGAUGGUGAAUGAAGUUAAAUCCAGCUGGUGACAUGGCAUGAGUGCUGUUCACUAGGGUUUGUUAUUGUGGCCAACACUGUCAUGUCUUUAUUGAUGAUCUGGACAAAUUUGAAUGUAUCCUCACUAAUUUUGCAGAUGACGCCAAGUUGAGAGGAAACAUUGAUCUGCCAAUGUCCCUAGAGAGUAAUCUGGACAGGCUGGAUUGCUGCAGUAACCCCAAUUAACACUACAGGUUUAGGUUGUAGUGGAUGGAGAACUGUGCAGAGGAGAAGGAUCUGGGGGUAUUAGUAGACUUGUGAGGCCACAGCUCAAGUACUAUGUUAAGUUUUGGUCUAUUCACUACAAGAAAGGCAUUGAAGUCCUGGACCAUUUACAGAGAUGGGCAACAGAGAUGGUGAAGGGCCUGGAGCACAAGUCUUGCAGGGAGCAGCUGAGGGAACUGUAAUUCUUCAAUCUGGAGAAAAGGGGGCUCAGGGGGACCUUGUUCCUCUCUACAGUUCUCUAAAAGGAGGUUGUAGUGAGGUGGGAGUUGAUCUCUUUUUUUCUGGUAACAGUGAUAAGGCUAGAGGCAAUGGCCUGAAUUUUCAUCAGGAGAGGUUCAAGUUGGAUAAUAUGAAAAAUUUCUUCUCUGAAAGAGUGGCUAAGCAUUGCAGCAGGCUGCCCAGGGAAAUGUUGGAGUCACCAUCUCUGGAGGUGCUCAAGAAAAGUGAGGAUGGGAUGUUAGAGAUUUAGUGGGCAUAGUAGUGUUGACAGCUAGAACAGAUGAUGUUUGAAGUCCUUUCCAACCUUAAUGAUUCCAUGACUCUAAGAUGCAUGGGAAAAAAAAAAAAAACAACAUCUUCAUUAGUGUAUCAUCAGACCGUUUUGGUGAAGCUUUAAUUUUGUGCUGUCUUAAAGCCUACUCUGAUCUCUGCAUGCACACAAUUUGAUUCAGCAGGAGUAACCAGGCUUGCUGAACACUUCAAGUUUGUAGGACUACACUUGUUUCUUCCAAAGUCAGUAGGAGCAUAAUUGGGCCCAGUGUAUACAGAUGCACAUAUCUGUAAAUUUGUUCUUUUGUAUAUAGAAAUGCUUCAAAAUUAUCCUAACCAGAAGGUUAUACAGAAUAUGUCAGUUGCUGUGUUCAGUACUGAAGUAUUGCUACCGACCACCUUGAUUAUUAACACUUCUGAAAUAUUUCCUCUGUUAUGUGAUUGCACACAGUGUACACAGAAGUAUCCAGUAGAGAGGGCUUUCAUGUUAUGGGUGAUCCUGAUCAGAGGGAAAGCAGAAAGACAGAAUUCAAAAAAGGUGUGAUUUUCACAUUCAUCAGUUCCAUCUGAAAAAGGAAACUUCCAUUUCAUUUUCAUUCAUUCAUUCUUUCAUAUGCACAGAUAUAUCUUAUAUAACAUAUACAAUACACAGCUUUCUGUGAUCCUUAGUUUUAAAAAGGAGCUAUACGUAACUGUGGGCUAUUGGUCUAUAAAAUGGCUUGCCUUUGUUUACUUAUGUGCUAUAAACAAGGGGGAUUCUGAAGGAUUAUUUCAUUAUUCUUUUUCCAGUCAGACUCAGUUUGGAAGAUUAAUAUAUUACUGAGCACAAUUAUAUUAGAAAAGAAAAAUGAAAAAAAAAAACAACAAAACAACAAAACCAUAUUUUAUGUCCUGUGUUUUGAAUAUUGAAGUAGGACAUUGUGUUUAUCAUGACAUAAAAAAGAGAUUAAAAAAUGGUGCUCAUGAAAAUAUAUAAUGUAAUGCCAGUUACUGACUUUGCUGCAAAUACUUGUGCCUCAGUGUUUUUUGUGUUAUUUUUCUAGUUGCUGGAUAAUGUUAAUUUUCAAAAGGGAUUCAUAUCUAAAGGAUGAAGUUAUUUUAGACUGUGGACACUAAAUAAUAUUCUAAUAUAAUUCUUUACAAUCAUUCUUUCAUAUGCUUCUUUGUUUUCAGACUCAUUGCAUUAGAAAUGGGUCUACACUGGAUUUGAAAAUUCAGAUAGCACACUGGGUAUUUGUGUGAGUGUUUGGACGCAUGGAAGUGCGUGUAUUUGAAUCUCCUUCUCUGUGUGCAUAUAUACAUAUAUUUAUAUAUGCGUACACAUAGGUGGUGUUGUUUACUAGUACUGGAUGUUGAAGUCUUUCAUUCCAGACAUAAUCUGUCAAAUUAUAUUGUAUUUUCAACUUUAUCUGAAGAUAUGUGAAUAUAAAUUUACAUUUAAACUGUUUAUUCUCUUUUCCUUGUGUAAUUUUAUAGCAAAAUUUUUCAAAUAGCACUUUCUGUUGUUUGUGUGAAGUUUUUAUAUGUUUUUCAUUUUUUAUUAUUAGGUAAAGCUAAGGUCAACAACUUAAGAUUAGCUGAGUGGGGUUUUAUUUAAGAAAAAAAAGUCCUUCUGUUCUGUAAAGAAAGAAGCAUCCUGUGUAAUGUUUUUACACAAAGCACUUUGGUGAGAAGAGAAAGUGGAAAUAAAUUUUUCUAUAUAUUUAUACAUAUUUACGUACACAGCUAAGAAGUCCAUUUUCUGUACUAUAUAUCUGGCUGAUAUUUGUUCUAAAGUCAUAUCUGUCAUAUACCAUGAAAAAUAAAUUUUUGAAAGAA